GCAGAGGCGGCCGCAGGCGAAGGGGCGGGGGCAGUCCAGUGAGAGACUCUCCGACAGGCACGGAGGGUGAUUGGGAGGAAAGCGGGCAGCGAGGGGCUUGUCAUGGGGAUCCGUGCUACGUGACGGCACUGGUAGCAUCUGGGGACUCCGAGGGGGACAGGAAGUGUCAACGCCCGGGACCCCGGCGCCAGGUCCGCCGGGGGAUCCCCGCUGCUCUAGUCUUGGGGAGGGAGGGGAAAAAGGAGGGAGCCCUGAUCUCGCCCCGCCCCUGGGCUUGUUACCGCGGGGGCGGGGAGUGAGGGCUUCUUUUGGGGGGAGUGGAGAUCGGGGGACUCGGCUGUGCCCUCUUGAGCGGCUGCCGGUGUCCCCGCGGCGCCGGGCUGCCGAGCGGAGGAGCCGCGGCGGCCGCGGCUGUUGCAUGUGUGGCUGCUGGAUGCGGAGGCGGCGGCGGCGGCGGCGGCGAGGAGCAGCAGCGGCGGCAGGAUGUUAGGGCAGCAGCAGCAGCAACUGUACUCGUCGGCCGCGCUCCUGACCGGGGAGCGGAGCCGGCUCCUCACCUGCUACGUGCAGGACUACCUCGAGUGUGUGGAGUCGCUGCCCCACGACAUGCAGAGGAACGUGUCUGUGCUCCGCGAGCUGGACAACAAAUAUCAAGAAACAUUAAAGGAAAUUGAUGAUGUCUAUGAAAAAUAUAAGAAAGAAGAUGAUUCAAACCAGAAAAAACGCCUACAGCAGCAUCUCCAGAGAGCAUUAAUCAAUAGUCAAGAAUUGGGAGAUGAGAAAAUUCAGAUUGUCACACAGAUGCUCGAACUGGUGGAAAAUCGGGCAAGGCAAAUGGAGUUGCAUUCACAGUGUUUUCAAGAUCCUGCUGAAGGUGAACGGGCCUCGGAUAAGGCGAAGAUGGAUUCCAGCCAACCGGAAAGAUCUUCAAGAAGACCCCGCAGACAGCGAACCAGUGAAAGCCGUGAUUUAUGUCACAUGACGAAUGGGAUUGAAGACUGUGACGAUCAGCCACCUAAAGAAAAGAAAUCCAAGUCAGCCAAGAAAAAGAAACGCUCCAAGGCCAAGCAGGAAAGGGAAGCAUCGCCUGUUGAGUUUGCAAUAGAUCCCAAUGAACCUACAUACUGUUUAUGUAACCAAGUGUCUUACGGGGAAAUGAUCGGAUGUGACAAUGAACAGUGUCCAAUUGAAUGGUUUCACUUUUCGUGUGUUUCGCUUACCUAUAAACCAAAGGGGAAGUGGUAUUGCCCAAAGUGCAGGGGAGAUAAUGAGAAAACAAUGGACAGAAGUACUGACAAGGCAAAAAAGGAUAGAAGAUCGAGGUAGUAAAUGCCAUCCACAUUUUAAAAGGUUAUUUGUCUUUUAUAUAAUUCUUUCAGAAUUUACUUUCGGAAAAUGUUUUAGGGUAAAUGCAUAAGACUAUGCAAUAAUUUUUAAUCAUUAGUAUUAAUGGUGUAUUAAAAGUUGUUGUACUUUGUCUGUGACCUUAAUUUUCUGCACUGAAUUACCAAAUAUUUUAAACCAGGUAGGUUUAGAUCACCUGAAGAAAGGAGCAGGGAGUAGGGAGAGCGUGGUGUGGACAUCAUAAAAGCUUCACAAACCAGGCCUGUUUUCACUUUCAUUUAAAACUACAGUGCUGUUUUUUGGGUAAACACCAAAGUGUUGCGCGCAUUUUAGUUCUCUGGGCUUUAAACAACGUAGGUACAGUUGGAGUUCUCUGGAAACCUUCAGAUUAUCGGUAAUUUAAAUACGAACACUACAUGUAGAGCUUCUUUCUCUCUAGCCCCAUUUAUACACACACUUGUUCAUCUCUAGUCUUCCAGGAGUCCAAGGAGCUAGAGAUAAGAGUAAUUUGGGAUUCCAUGUGGAAUACUGUGCUCUUACUAGAGUAUUUGCUGCUGUAUUUUCCUUAGUAGCAUUUUGAUACACUGUCAGUAGCCCGUUUGUAAAUGCCUUGCUGCUGCCUCCUAGGGACAUUUCAUCUAGUGCUUAAUAAGGGAGUUUUGUUUUGUUCUAAUUGGGACAGGUAAGCAUAGUUAGGAUCUCAAGAAUGGUGCCAUUGGCUUCUAGUGGAAAAUUCGGGGUUAUGUAGUAUCAUGGUUCAAGGCUGAGCAAUUCAAAAAAGGCAUCUUAUUUAACAACAUUUUCCAAUGACCCGCUGCUGUGAUGCCUGGCCACAGGCCUGUCAGUCGGCAAAAGGGCACACAUGAGUCUUUAAAUACUGCCUUUAUGUCAAACAGGAGUUCAGAUGGUUUUCUAGUGGCUAUAGUUGAUUUCUGUCCCAAUCAGUGAUUCUAUAUUAUUUUAAGUAAUAGUGUAUUCACUUUAACUUUCUGGUAUUGGUGCUGUUUGAUGUUUUCAUGUUUAAUGAACUAAUUUCAUGAUAACAAUGCAAUGAAUAAUGUAUUUGUAAAUUGAAUUUUCCAAGAUUCUGCUAUUUUAAGGAUAAGCAUAUUGAUGGAUAUAUGAACAUCUGUUCGGAGAAUUUUUUUGGUUUGGGGAGGGGGCAUCAGAUUAACUAGUCCUUUAAAUCUGUGUGUAACAUACUUUUUAUUCCUCAUUUCUCCCUAAUCUGAUGAUCUUGAUUCUUUCUGAUUAACAUGUGAAAAAUUCUGUCUGCUUGUUUGGAAAAAAAAAAAAAUUUGUUUUUCUC